AUGGGCAACCAUCAUAGCCAGUCUUUCAUCCUCUCUAAAGGCAGUCAGCAGUUACCCAAAGGGGACACCCAACCCUCAGCAGCCGUGCGACCACUCAGCCACCUGGCAGGUGGAGGAGAGCCAGACACCCAGCAGCCUACCAAAGAGAGAAGCCAUUUGCGUUUUGAUGUGAAUCGAGAUGCUAAAACCCUGUACAAAGCCUGCAAAGGAAUGGGAACUGAUGAAGCAGCCAUCAUUCAGAUAUUAUCAAACAGGACAUCAGCAGAGAGGCAACAAAUAAAGCAAAAGUACAAGGCAACAUAUGGCAAGGACCUGGAAGAAGUACUCAAAAGUGAGCUGAGUGGAAAUUUUGAGAAAACAGCCUUGGCCCUUCUGGAUCUGCCUAGGGAAUAUGAUGCCCGGCAGCUGCAGAAGGCUAUGAAGGGCCUAGGCACGGAUGAGUCAGUGCUCAUUGAGAUCCUGUGCACAAGAACUAACAAGGAGAUCGUUGCUAUUAAAGAGGCCUACCAAAGGCUCUUUAAUAAGAGCCUUGAAUCAGAUGUCAAAGAUGAUACAAGUGGAAACCUAAGAAAAAUUCUGGUGUCCCUGCUCGAGGCUAAUCGUGAUAAAGAAGAUGAUGUGGACAAAGAUUUAGCUGACCGGGAUGCCAAAGAUCUGUAUGAUGCAGGGGAAGGCCGCUGGGGAACAGAUGAGCUUGCUUUCAAUGAAGUCUUGGCCAAGAGGAGCUACAAACAGCUACGAGCUACCUUCCAAGCCUAUCAAAUGCUCGUUGGCAAAGACAUAGAGGAGUCCAUCAAAGAAGAAACAUCAGGACAUCUGCAGGCAGCCUAUUUGACUCUAGUAAGAUGUGCCCAGGACUGUGAGGGUUAUUUUGCAGACUGUCUGUAUGAGGCCAUGAAGGGAGCUGGGACUGAUGAGAAAACACUCAUUCACAUCAUUGUGACCCGGGCUGAGGUGGAUCUUCAGGGGAUAAAAGCUAAGUUUCAAGAGAAGUAUAAGAAGCCUCUCGUUGACAUGGUUCGCUCAGAUACCUCCGGAGACUUCCAGAAAUUGCUCUUGGCCCUCUUGCGCUGAACCAAGUCAGGGUAGUAGGC